AUGGUGCAGCAGAGACUAGUUAGAGAUUUUUACAAGAUCCUUAAAGAAGUAAACACUGGGCAAAUUCCACCUGCUCUAGACCUGCCAGAUUCUUUUGAGCAACUGGUUUCUGAUAUGAAGAACAGUCAAUAUGAUGCGAAAACGUUUGCAUUCAUGUUAAGGGGAAUGAUGGAGAAAUUUGAGAGAGAAAUCAGAGAAUCUAAAUUUGCAGAGCUGAUGAAUAAACACUUUGCAGCAAGUUCAGUCCCUAAAGGGAUUCAUUGUCUGACUUUGCGUUUGACUGAUGAAUAUUCUUCGAAUGCUCAUGCACGCAAACAACUGCCUCCUCCAGAGUUACUACCUACACUAUCUGACAACUCUUACCACCAUAUUAUUGUUUCAACUGAUAACAUCUUGGCUGCUUCUGUAGUUGUUAGUUCUACUGUGCAGUCAUCUCAGAAACCUGAGAAGAUUGUCUUCCAUGUCAUCACCGACAAAAAAACUUAUGCUGGUAUGCACUCAUGGUUUGCAUUAAAUCCUGCCACUCCUGCCAUAGUUGAAGUCAGAGGCAUUCACCAGUUUGAUUGGUUGACGAGAGAAAAUGUUCCAGUACUUGAAGCUGUAGAAAAUCAAAAUGGGAUAAGGAAUUACUACCACGGGAAUCAUUUUGCCAGAACCAAUCUCAAUGAUACUGAACUACGUAAAUUUGCCUCAAAAUUGCAGGCCAGAAGUCCAAAGUAUAUAUCUCUACUCAACCAUCUCCGCAUUUACUUGCCUGAGCUUUUUCCAAACCUUGACAAGGUGGUUUUUUUGGAUGACGAUGUUGUGGUUCAACGUGACAUUUCCACGCUUUGGGAAAUUGAUCUGAAUGGAAAAGUUAAUGGAGCUGUGGAAACUUGCAGAGGCGAUGACGACUGGGUAAUGUCUAAGCAUUUUAGGAACUACUUCAAUUUUUCCCAUCCCCUCAUUGCACAACAUUUGGACCCUGAUCAGUGUGCUUGGGCUUAUGGGAUGAAUGUAUUUGAUCUAAGUGCAUGGAGAUUAACAAACAUUAGAGACAAAUAUCAUACCUGGUUGAAAGAGAAUCUGAGAUCAAACCUGACGAUGUGGAAGCUUGGAACCCUUCCCCCUGCUUUGAUUGCAUUUGAAGGUCAUGUUCACCCUAUUGACCCAUCUUGGCACAUGCUUGGCUUGGGUUAUCAGAACAAAACCAACAUUGAGAGUGCGAAGAAGGCUGCUGUUAUUCAUUACAACGGCCAGUCAAAACCUUGGUUGCAAAUUGGCUUUGAACAUCUUAGGCCAUUUUGGACCAAGUAUGUCAAUUAUUCAAAUGAUUUUGUUAGAAACUGUCACAUCUUGGAUUCAUAG